UUAGAGGAAAAGGUGGUAAUAUGGCACCCCUCUGUAUUUCAAUAACCAAGUGCUGAGAUCUAGUUUUGUAGAUGGGAACUAGCUCAUUAGUUCAGUUGAUGGUCACUAGGAGUCCAUGGAACAAGUCUAUGCAGCAGUUGGUGAAUUUUGAGGUUAUUUCUAUCCUUGUGUUUUUUGAAAGUUUGGAAGAGGACUUCUAUGCAAAUAAAGAAGCUGACACUCACAGAAGAGGCCGUGGCCGUGGACGUGGUAGAGGUGCCAAAAGAAAUUUGAUUUUUAACGACCCUCAGCUUUCUACAUCAGGACUCCAAUCUCCUAUUACUGAUCAAGAGCAUGGAAAAUCAAAGACAAUAAAAAGGCCUAAACAUCAAGAACAAACCGACAGCAGUGAUGAUGAUGAUGAUGAGGUGCAGCUCUCCACUUGCUCCAUCAAGUCACCCUUUGACCUGCCAAUUGGAGAGCCUCAACCAGACGAAAAAGAUGUGGCAUGUAUUUUCUGCGAUGAAAAAUUCUCGAGUAAUGUACGAGGAGAAUUAUGGGUCCAAUGCUUGAUGUGUUCUCUUUGGGCCCAUAAUGAAUGUGCAGGAGCAGAGAGGGAGGAAUAUGUCUGCGAUUUUUGUCGUUAACUUUUUUCUACAUUCACUGACCUUCAAUCAUCUACAAAUAUCUAUAAUCCAUUUUUUUACCCUAAUAUAAGACUAUUACUCAUGCAUAAUAAACUUUUUUAGUGCCACAAA